AUGCAAUACAACAACAAUAUAAUGUUGGUUGGAUUGCUGUUGGUUGUGUUUGUAGCAACUAGCAAUGCUCUGACAUUACAGGUCGAACCAAAGAUGACAGAGUGUUUCUCAGAGUAUGUGGACAGUGGAAAGAUAUCAUUUAUCAACUAUCAAGUGAUUAGAGGUGGAUUGUUGGAUGUCGAUGUCAAGGUAUUCGACCCAAUGGGAAACACUAUAUACUCUAUUCUUCACUUUGAAUCGUCGAUGAAGGGCAAGAUGUCUUUCACCGCAUCAAACAGUGGCGCAUACAAGAUCUGUUUCAACAAUGAGAUGUCAAGGUUCACUGCCAAGGUCAUCACAUUCACCUGGACAUACGACAAUGCUGACACUGCAUUUGUCAAGGGAGAAACAUUGAACCCAAUGGAUCAGUCCAUUCAGAAGAUCGAGAGAACACUGCAGUCAAUCGUAUUUGAGCAGAAGAAGAUGAGAUACAGAGAGCAAACCAACAGAGACACCUCUGAGAGCACUAAUGAAAGAGUUGUUAGAUGGACCAUCAUUCAGUUGUUAGUCCUGGUAAGCAUGGGCGUUGCACAGAUUUGGUUCCUUAGAAGAUGGUUCAACUCCAAGUCGACACAAAGAGUUUAA